AUGCUUGAAUUAUACGUAGAUAUUAACAAAAUCGAGGCACAGAUACUAUGCUUGCGUAACAUGUAUACAACAUACGCAGGAGUUGCGGCAAAUAACGAAAAUGCAUUUCAUCCUGUUAAAAAACUAUGGUUUUAUGAUGAUACUGGAGGAAAUGUAAUAGGAAGUUAUGAUACAGUAAUCAGUCUAGGACAUUCAAAUUGUGUUAGCUACAGUCAUUUCUUUCAAGACACAAUUGCUCCAUUAAUGCUGAUUCCAAAAGAUGUAUGGGAAAAUGCCUACAUUGUAGGAUACGGGCUACCUCAAGUUGUGAAGGAAACUUUCAAAUUACUUGGCUUUGAAAAUAGAGUUAUUAAAUUACGAAUGAAACAGUGGAUUUUUGCACAGAAACUUUAUAUAGCAAUUAAUCCUAGACCUUAUAUAAGCCACUAUGGAACAGCUUUUUUAAACAUGAGCAAAAUAUUUAGGUCAUAUUUCAAACUUCAGGAUAUAAUCCCAACAGAAUAUGUAUUUAUGAACAGAGACUCUAAAAUGAGAAAGAUUGGAAAUAUGGAAGAAAUAUUUUACGCUGUAAAAAGAAAUUUUCCAAAAAUUCAAUGGAAAUAUAAACAAGAUGACUACGGAACAUUGAAUGAGUCUAGUAUAGGCUGGGCCAAAAUCAAAUUGAUCUUUACACCAAUAGGAAGCAAUGUUAUUCGCUGUUUAUUUAUGAAAGAGAAGACAGCUUGCAUCCUUGCAAUGGGACAGUUCUUCGAUGCUUCUGUCAUGAAACAACUUGGUACGUUGGAGAUAUAUACUUGCGUUUUCGUUGUCAAUAAAAUGGAUCAUUGGAAUACCACCCCGAAUAUAGUCGAUAUUCCAGAAAUCUUAGGUUUGUUUAGAGCUGCUAUACAUCAUUUAGAGAACGGAACUUGGCCAGGAGUAUCAAGUGAAACACACACUUUUAUUGCAUGA